AGAGGGGCGCAAUACUAAUUCAAUAUAUUUAAGUGGUGAGAUGGCAGCACAAGUUGAAAAUAGCCAAAUGGAGCAUGAUAAAAGGAGCCACGUACAAAUUUUCCGGUAAUUUCAAGACGUAUCGUGCUGCAACCAUUACCGCCAAGUGCGUACCUUCGACCUUUGUUAGGCAAAAAAAAAAAAAAAAAUGGCGAGCUCUCAAUCUCUGCAACGAGGCCUCAAUCUCGGUCGUGCUCAUCGAUCGGUUUUCUUAUCGACUACGAGAUAUUUCUCUUCGGCUUCGGACGCCUUGGUGGAGGUCAAGCCCGGUGAGGUCGGCACAAUUUCUGGAGUACCUGAAGAACACCUUCGAAGAAGGGUCAUAAUUUACUCACCCGGCCGAACUGCUACACAACAAGGCUCUGGGAAAGUUGGGCGUUGGAAAAUUAAUUUUAUGUCUACUCAGAAGUGGGAAAAUCCAUUGAUGGGUUGGACAUCCACAGGGGACCCGUAUGCCAAUGUGGGUGAGGGAGGAUUAAGUUUUGAUAGUGAAGAAGCUGCAAAAGCAUUUGCUGAGAAAUAUGGUUGGGAAUACGUGGUCAAGAAGCGUCAUACGCCUAUUUUAAAGCCAAAGUCAUACGCUGACAACUACAAAUGGAGGGGCCCACCAAAGACCGAAGCUGAUUAAUAUGGAGUUUCCCAAAAUUCUGUUUGGGUGCUUGUGAGAAUGUAAGCUCAUAUAACAAAGCUUCUUAUGCUUCUUGUUAUCUGAUUUUUUUUAUUUGUUGUUUAUUUCACUUCACUGCAAAUAAUUGUAAUUAACAAGUUCUAUGAGAUAAUACCCUCGUAGACUUGCUUCUCUGGAAAUAAAAUUGUAAUGAACAAGUUCUAUGAGAUAAUACUCAGUGUGUUGCUCCAAUGCAUAG